AUGUUACUUGUCCCAGGAAGAGUGGGCCCUGAUGGAUCUUGUGCAGAGGAAACUGUACAAAGAUGUGAUGAUGGAAACCUUCAGAAACCUGGCCUCAGUAGUGAUGGAGAGAAGUUAUCCAGUGAAUAUCUAAUAGUGGAAUGCGUGAAGAGUGACACCUCAUCCUCCAUCUUAGGAGAUAUCUGCAGAUUGCAUGGCACUGACGAUGACUAUAAAAAUCAGGGGAGACGUAUGAGAAAGCCUAUGGUAAAGAACCUCCUUGAAAGUAAUGAAGAAAAUCAAGGAGGAAAAACCUUCAGACGGAUUUCAAAUCUUACUGUGUUCAAAAGAACCCCUACUGUUGUAAAUUCUUCUGAAUGCCAUGAAUCCUUCAUCAACCACUCAUCACUUAAGCAUCAUAUCAGAUCUCCCUCUGGUUGUAAUAUUUAUCAAUACAAGAAAUGUAGAGAAGCCUUCAGUUGUCCCUGUGACCUAAGCAGUCCUGUAAGAACCCUUAUUGAAGGGAAACCCUAUAAACGUAUGGUGACAGCACCCCUUGGAGAGAAACCCUAUGAAUGUAACAAACGUAAGAAAGAUUUCUGUAGUUUCUCAUCUUUUCAAACACAUGUGAGAGGUUGUAAGCAUAAAUGUAAAGAAUGUUGGAAAACCUAUCCCUCAUCACACCUUUUACAUAAAAAAUUUCGUAACGGAGAAAUGCCUUAUGAAUGGAAAGAAUGUGGCAAAGUCAUCAGUCAUUCCUCAUCCCUCGUUAUACAUAUAGGAACUCACAAUGGAGAGAGGCUUUACAAAUGUAAGGAAUGUGAGAAAGCUUUUAGCAAGUCCUCAGCACUAACUUCACAUAUAAGAGUUCACACUGGAGAGAAGCCUUAUGAAUGUAAGGAAUGUGGAAAAGCCUUUAGUCAUUCCUCAACCCUUGCUACUCAUAUAAGAGUUCACACUGGAGAGAAGCCUUAUGGAUGUAAGGAAUGUGGGAAAGCCUUUAGUAGUUAUAAACACAACCUUAGAGAAUUUGCAAAAACCAACCAAAGCUACAAGAAAUACUAA